AUGUUCACGCUGGCAGUUAUGGCAAUGUGUAAGUUUGAAGGCAACUGACGAAGCAAACUUUUGCUCACGCUUUGCGCGCGGAGCUGAGAUAUUGGACAAUAGUUGCGGCCGAGAUUGCACGCAAAACGCGGUAAGCGUCUCACAGGAAAAAACACUUUUUGGCCAUAUCUGGUUCCUGCGGAAAAAACUGAUUUUUUAUACAGCCCCUUUGGUAGGAAGAAGUAUAAAACUUUUCGUGCAAAAACUCUCAAAAAGAGUAAAAUUUUUGCCAAGUUUCGACCUAGUAUAUAGCCUAACAAAGAUGUGGCCAAAAAAUUCUUUCUUCGCCUUUCGCGUACUCUCUCGGCUGCAAAAAAAAAUCUGCGCAUUGCAUUUUGAGCAUGUUUCCUUUGAUAAUGAAAAGGUUCCAAAAAUCCUAAUCAACCUUUAUUUUUAGCGUCCACAAAUUCCAUGAAGGUCUAUCAUUACUACUUGGUCUCCACAAUUAUUUGGUAAGCCCAAGGGGCCAGUACUGCCAUCAGUCUGUCGGGAAAAUAAUGAGUUGAAUGUUGCUGCGCCCAGCGCGUCUCGGAAAUGAAAAGCAACUUGAUUUUUCCACGACACAUUUCAUUUUCUCGGCGGCGAUGCGUUUUCAAUGCGACAGAGUGGUCAUUAUUUUCCCGACACAUUGAUCCUUCCCACUGACAGCACUGCAAACUUUUUCAGGUCCUACCUCUGCGACGUGACGUUUAGCGCGAUGGGAAUGCUAUCGCUUCAACCCCUGCCAUGCCUUGCGUUUCAAGGAGUACUAGGGCAAUUUAUCCACUCACGACCUUUGAUUUUCUCCUCCGCCGCAAUGUUGAUUGGCUGUGGGCGGUGUGCGGCGUUGAUUCUGCAAUGCUGCUAUCGAAUCUUCCAACCAUCCCCGCCGCAGAUGAUGUUCUACCAGUUCUUCUCCAAGAUUCUGAACGAUCACUUCGUCUACACCUCGUACAUAUUGAUGUUCGUGCUGUACGCGGUUAUUUGGGUGAGUUAUGGGGUCGAUUACAUUUUUUGUAUCAUCAAGCGAAGGAUACGGGGGAGGCUGUUUAUGUCUGAGUGGAUUGUAUUUUAACUGUAAGGUUUUCUGAAUGGUAUUACUAAAUCUUGAACCUUUUUUGCUGUACAUAUUACUGAGAUUGCCUACAAGUGGAGGCCUCCAAGAACAACGCUCGGGGCUUGUUGAGAUUUUGCACACAUUUUGCGGAUGGGUCACGCAUCAAUUCUUGAAAAUUUUAGCUCGCACUUUGCAGGUAAGGGCCAGAUAUCAACAAUCUUUGCGGCCGAGAGGUAGACAAAACGUGGAGAGUGGUCAGAGAGAAAAAACACUUUUUUGGCCAGUUUUUUUGCCAAUUUUGUGCGGAGAAAGUUUUUUUUUGGGAAACAUAACCUUCUGCAGUUGACAUAGGGACUCCAAAAAAUCUUUUUUUGGCCGAUUUCUUGGCCAGUUUGGCAUUAUUUUCGAUCAAAGUCCGAAUUUUCUGAGACGAGUUUUGAUCACUAGAAACUAGAAGUAAAACUUCAAAAUAAUUUUUCCGGUAAAUCUUGUGACGAAAAGGCAACAUGAAGAGCUCGAAGAGCGCUCUCUCAGUUCCACAUGUCCUCUACCUUGACGACAAAAUGACGUCCAAAAAGGUGCGCUAAUUUAGCAGUCGGAAAACCACGUUUUUACCAGCUGUUUCUUCUUGUCUAUUCUAUGACACCAUCCUAAAAAUUUCCUAAAUAAUCAAUGCUAUUCUCUGUUCUCGUUUUUUGCCUGAUCCCGUGACAAAAAACGUACCAUUUUGCAUCCGGGAAGCAUCAAAAAUGUGGCAAAAUGCUUCCCUCUCCAAGUGAAAAAAAAACAUUGUUUUGAAGGGCGUUUUCCCUCACAAAAAGAACAGGCUUUUGAAAUCGGAGUUUUUCCACUUUUAGAUGAAGGUAUUUUGCCACAUUUUUUGAUACCUCCCGGAUGCAAGGUGGUACGUUUUUUGCCACUUGAUCAUGUCCCCCACUGUAUAACAACCUUUUCAGGGUCCAAUGUGGCUGUGGUUUCCCGACCAAAAACUCCAAAAGCAACUCCUUCUGGAAGCCGACCCAAAUAUUGUGCAAAUCUACGACCGUCUCCCCAACAUUGUUUGCAUUUCGUACGGGACCAGUUUCGGGACCGCUAUCUGGACACCGCUCGGGUUUGUGAUCGCCGUACCGACCAUCGUGUUGUGGCUGGUCUACAAGGUGUACAAGCAAAUCCAAAGCGGGAAUGCGCCCGAACGCACGGUCCAUCUGCACAUGAUGCUCCUGAAAUCGCUUGUAGCGCAACUUGUUGUUCUUGGCGUCUUUCUUUGUCUUCCUGCCUACAUUUUACUGCUGCUCCCUUCGGCUGGCGUUCGAGGGGCGCCAACCAUCUCCAUUUGUUGUAUUAUCGUCUACUUCAUGGAGACCAACGUGGAAUGUCUGAUGUUGGUGUGGUUUGUGAAGCCGUACAGGGAAUGUUGCCUGCAAAUAUGGAGGUACGGAAUGGGUCCAAAGGGACGGUCGGUGAUUCAAGUGCAGUCGGGCACGUCGUUGAAUUAG